GUACAAAAUGGCGAACAAAAUAGAAAUGUUUUCCUUGUUUUGUGUUAUAUUUACAGUUGUUCCAGUCGUGUUUGGGACAAAAGGCUCAAAUGCAACAUUGCCCGUGGUUAUUUGGCAUGGCAUGGGUGACAGCUGUUGUAACCCCCUGAGCAUGGGAUCCAUAGAGCGCCUUAUAGAGAAAUAUGUCCCAGGUGUCUACGUUCAUUCUCUCGAAAUAGGGAACAAUAUUAUCGAGGACAUGGAGAAUGGAUUCCUAAUGAAUGUGAAUGACCAGGUUACAAUGGCUUGUGAUAAGAUAAAGAAAGAUCCAAAACUGGCAGCAGGAUACAAUUCUGUGGGCUUCUCCCAAGGUGGCCAGUUCUUGAGAGCAGUUGCCCAACGUUGUCCCAACCCGCCUAUGCACAACUUGGUCUCAAUGGGAGGGCAGCACCAAGGAGUUUAUGGCCUUCCAAAAUGCCCUGGGAAUAAUUCUACACUUUGCGAUUAUGUCCGAAAGUUGUUGAAUUAUGGAGCUUAUGUUGGAUUUGUUCAGAAUAGGAUUGUUCAGGCUGAAUAUUGGCAUGAUCCAAUGAAUGAAGAUGAAUACAAGGCAAAGAGCGUCUUCUUGGCCGAUAUUAAUCAGGAACGGGUAAAGAAUCCUGUAUACAAGACUAACCUGAUGAAGCUUGCCAACUUGGUACUGGUUCAAUUUACUGAGGACACUGUUGUGGAACCUAAAGAGUCUGAGUGGUUUGGAUUCUAUAAACCUGGGCAAGCCAAAGAGAAGUAUACACUACAAGAGAGUCCACUUUAUAAAGAGGACUGGUUGGGACUGAAGGCAAUGAAUGAGGCGGGUAAGCUUCACUUCCUGGGAACAGUCGGAGAUCACAUGCAGGUCAACGAGACAUGGUUUAUACAAAACAUCAUCAAGACUUUCUUUGUUUAACACUGCGAUAAAUUACUAUAAUUGUUAUGAGUUAAAAUCCAAAAUGAUUUCACGAUAGAAAAUUCUGCAGAUACACCCAUAGAGUUAUUCAUCGAGGUCUACAUGAAUGAGUGCAAAUGUUGAUUAGUUUUUGUAUUAUUCAUAUUAAUCAAGAAAUGUUCAGCAUUUACACAGUUGAGUCUAAACUGAACGACUCAAUGGGAAAAUUAUUCCACAUUUGCAGAAAAUUGAUGUUUAAUUAGUAAAA